GGUAGUGAACGGGUCAUUGCGCUCUUUCUGUUUGUUGAUGUAAUUCAUCUUCUGUUCAGAUUUCUAAUGAAGUACAGAUGGGACAGUUUGGAGGCUCAUCGACGUUUUGAGGCUGAAAAUGGGGAUGUGGUGUGUCUGUUAUUGUUGCGUUAUACUUGAUUCUAUGCAGCCAAUGGACAACACAUUCGUUAGUGGUUCAAAAGAUGACAGGGGAAACAAAUAUUCAUUGCGAAUUUUGGAGGACAAGAAGGAUAAAUCAGGAGACUAUGGAAUGAAUUGUUCUGGACUAAAAUCGAAAAGGCUGGAUAGUCUGGUGAACACACAGCAUGCUCUGAUAUUAAAUGUUGGAAGAAUACAGGCAGGGAAAAGUCUUAUAAAGGAUUCAUUGAUUUUGGCUAUUUUAGGCAUAGGGAAUAAGAUUCCGAGGCAUGUGGUUACUCUACAUGAGAAAUAUCUUCGUUGGUGCCUGGAGUUGAUUCAUAUCAAUGCAGCAAAAGUUUCUCAAUGCAGUAUCUCUGUGAACUUGAGCGCUGUAGACAUUGGCAUUGUAUCUGAUAGACUGAAUUCAGCUAAAAUUGGGGCUGAAAAUACGUGCGAUUUCAGCAGCUUUGGUUUUGAAUGUUUAUCAGAUAUUGGGACUGGUCGUUUAGUCACUGGUUCUGCAGAACCGUGGAUAGUAGGUUCGAUAAUGAGCAGCAGGAGCAUGAAAAAUAUAUUGGGAAGUCCAUUGUUUCAGAAGAUGGGUGCAUUCCAUGUCAAUCCAAGUUUGAAUGAUGCUAAAGGACUAAUAAGUUACGACUUCAUGAGCUCUCCGGGUGGUUCCGGUAAUAACACAUCAUACGACCUAGGAAGUGAGAUGCCAAUAUUGGAUAAUCAUAAGUAUGGAUCCGAGACUGUUUGUAAAAGGCUUGUUUCCAUGUCAAGUGCAUACUCAACGUGCUCGGAUCAGUCGUUUUCUUCUCCUUCUACAAUAAUUUCUCUGGGAGUGCUUCAAUGCACGUGGAAGAGUGGGACUCCAUACUUUGUUUUCUCCCUAGAUAACCAGAGGGAGGUGUAUAUAGCCAAUUUGUCAAAAGAAGGAGCUGCUCGAAAUAAGGGUUUGGACAAUGUAUACUUGUUCCAUUCGAGCAAACGUAGCCAUAAGGAACAUCGAAUUAGUGAUAACGAAUCGCACCUUGUUGGUAAGAUGGCGGUGUCUACUUCUUUCUCAAUCUGUUCCCAAGAUUCUAAAAUCAUGGAGACAGAGUUUGUUUUGUUCAGUUGUAUGCAAACAUCAAGAGAUAAUCACUGGAAAAAUAAGGGUCUAUCGAAAAAGGUAGUGGAAGCAUUCAAGGGUAGUCAUUCAUUGAAGCAAAGAACUGUGUCAAGAUUUCAUCGAACGAGUUCCAUGAUGGAAGAUUCUUCUUCGGGUCCUUGCAGAGAUGAAGUCAACAAAUCGGAUGCAAUAGACCAUAUAAAACUUUUCAAUGAGCAACUUCCAACAAAUCUUGAGUUGACAGCCGUUGUUGUGAGGGAUCAUUUUCCUGAGGAUCCUCAGGAGGAAGCUAGAGGUUGGGGCUUAAAGUUUCUCAGGAAACCGGUGGAUGUGCCAAACACCGAAAGUUCGGAACCCCCCUGGCUCGUUCCGUUUGUUCUUGUAGUACCAGUGAUUGCUCAACAAGCAUGAAUGUUCUAAUUCCAGCAGGUAUUCAUUGUGUUCCAAGAACCAGAAAUGGUGGCCCCUCUAGUCUUAUUGAAAGAUGGAGAUCUGGUGGACGUUGCGACUGUGGUGGCUGGGACUUAGGGUGUCCGCUGACUGUACUCGAAUCCAGGUCAAGUAAAGGUGGUUCACCUCCAACAGAUAUGCCCAACACUUGCAAGUUAUUCAAUUUUUCCGUUCAGGGUCCCGAACACGGUUCUCCGACCUUGACGAUAUCGAAAGUUCGCGACGGCCUGUAUUUGAUUCAUUUUCAAUCAACACUCUCAGCUCUGCAGUCCUUCUCGGUUGCAGUGGCCUGCAUUCAUACUCAGAGCCCCACUCUUCGACCCGAAAGUGUACAGCAGCAUGUACGUUAAACUUCAGGUGUUAUACAUGGAUUGAGAUAGAUUAUUUUUCUGUUCACAUUUGAACUUGUUGGGGAUUGAACCCUAGUCACAGGAAACGAAAAGUCCUGCCUUCUAAAACAAGCAACACAGUUGUUGGCUCGCCAUUUUUAUGUU